AGAUAAGCCUGUUCCAGUGACAUAGACAGUGAGGAUCAAAGUCUACAGGUAGCCUACGCCUGUCACCUCAGUACCUUUACCCAUAGUCUAAGCAGCAAAGAUAAAGACCUUUGCAUACUGCUGCAUCACCAGUGGACACUCUUUGCAUAUAUCCUGUCUCUCGCGCUCUCUCUCUCUCUCUCUGCCUGGACGUCUCUCUGUUACAGGCUGUUGUAACUGAAGGAAGGAGGGAGGGUGAACUCAAGGCAGUAGAUCUUUAUUACAACAAGGCUUGGCUAAGCGGUGCUGUGUCCAUGUGGAUUUCUGCCAGAAAGAGAGAGAAAAGUUGUCAGUGAGCUGCUGCAGUUGUUUGGUUGACACUUUAGAUGUAUACCAGGAGUUUACAGUUUGAAUGACAGCGAGCAGGGCGGGAUCGGUUCCUCUUUGCUUCUGGCUCAGUUGCCAGUUCUGUAUACGGCUCUUUCUGUUCGGUACAUGGCGACAUUUCUGAGCGUGAUUCAACACUGCCGAUGAGCGCAAGUCGCAGCUUGUGUGAAGUUCAUCCUCAUCAGAAGCAGCAACAGCAACAAAAGAAUAGGACCUUUUAAGGAACUGACAGACAGCGGACAAAGUUGGAUUCUUGUUGCGCGGAAGAGUGCUUGUGUUUCUUUCUUUUUCCUGUUUGCUAAGUUUUAUUUUCACCAGAGGAAGUUAUGACUUCGGUAUGGAAAAGACUGCAGCGUGUUGGUAAAAAGGCUUCAAAGUUUCAGUUUGUUGCCUCUUACCAGGAACUCGUGUUGGAGUGUACAAAGAAAUGGCAACCAGACAAGCUAAGGGUGGUGUGGACCAGGAGGAACAGACGCAUGUGCUCCAAGCUCCACAGUUGGCAGCCUGGAAUCAAGAACCCCUACAGGGGCAUGGUGGUGUGGCCUGUCCCAGAAAACAUCGACAUCUCUGUUACACUCUUCAAGGAGGUCAAUGCUGAUGAGUUUGAGGACAAAGAGUGGACUUUUGUCAUUGAGGGUGAGAACAAGGGGCAUCGUAAGGUGCUGGCAUCAGCAGACAUCAACCUGAAGCGGUUUGCCAGUCAGACGCCGACCCAGACUGACCUGACGCUGACGCUGAAGCCACUGUCCGUCAAAGUGGUGGAGGCCACGCUCAAGCUGUCGCUGUCCUGUGUCUUCGUCCGAGAGGGGAAAGCCACUGACGAAGACAUGCAGAGUCUGGCCAGCCUGAUGAGCGUCAAACCCACAGACAUCGGCAACCUGGACGACUUCAAUGAGAGCGAUGAAGAUGAGGACAAGAAGUCUGUCACUGCUACCGUCGUUCCACACACUCUAACUCGCCCAAAUCGCCCUGCUCCCCCUCCACCUGACAAGCGAGACUUCACUGGAUCCACUUUUCCAGUCUCAGCCUGUGGUCGAAAUGGCGGUCCUCCCAGUCCUGCAGUCCACUCCCGCCCUCCUCUACCAAUCGCUCCUCGCCCCUCGCCCCGUCACAGCCGACACCCCUUCGCCACCAAACCUGUCCAGUCAGAGCUCCAAUCUUCCCCUGGCCCCUCACCCCAGCCUUCACCCAGAUCCAAGCAUAAAAAAACAUCCAACCCUCUUCUUCCUGAGGCUCUUGCUUCUUCUGACCCCCUACUUAAUACUCCAAGCUCCCAGCUCCCAACAACUACUCCCUCAAUCCAGAGUGCUUCCUCUGUCCUGCCUCUCUCUGAUGUGUCUCCUGUAAAUCCUCCAUCCCCCAAAUCCUCCGAAGCACCCAUUAUCCCGCCUUCUUCCCAAAACAUUUCCUCUUCCCUUCAUUCUCCAUCUCCAAAAUGCUCUGAAUCUGUGCCUACUUUACCUGCUGCCUCAGUGGAGCCUUCUUUAGCAGUGCACUCUGUUACCCUGAAUUAUCCUUCAAAUACCCCCUCUAAACUGCCCUUUAAGCCACCCAGUUCCCCUGAAACAGGCCUUACCUCAUUAACUCCCAAACUUCCCUCCCCUGCAUUGUCAGUACCCAAGAAUAUCAUAAUAUCAUCCUCCAAGGCUCCCCAAAAGUCUUCUCUCACUGAAUCCACCACUCACACCCAUAAGACCACAUCUACUGACUCCCAGCCUCUCCCACCUAAAUCCUCCUCUCCCUCAAAGCCCUCCCUGUCCUCUGAGCCUCCAUCUGCUCACCCUCCACUCACCCGGACCGUCUCUCAGCCUCCCUCUCUGCCCAGAAUCUUCCGGUCAGGCUCAGGAAAAGUUUCUGUGUCACAUCAACGGCGCCCCCUGGAGGUUCAAACUGCUGAUGAUCCUACUUUAGCCUCUGGCCGUGCUCACAUGUUCAGACCUCAGGUUGUCAAGUCAAUCGCUCGUCCCUCCUCUCCCUCUCCUUUUUCCCUUGAUACCCCUCCUCUUCCUAAAUCUCACCCCUCUAUCUCAGAGUCAGGUGCUCAGGGGGCGUGGUUAACAUCUGGUAGUGACAUCACCCCUAUCCCUCUGCUGAGUAGUCCCGAUCUUGAUGCCCUCUGUGACCCCGCGGCUCCAGCCCUUACUGCCUCCCUUCCACGAUCCUCACCCACUCGCUCCUCUUCUCUUUCCACAUCUGUUUUGUUCUCCUCUCCUAACCCUCAGCUCACUGUCUCUCCUUCUGCUCCUCCCGCUCCGAUCAGCUGCUGUCAGUCAGGCUCAACGCUCCCCCAAGCACACAAGGAAACAACUUCGAGCCCUUCGAGCAGAGGCGAGGGUUCUCCUCAAAAUAACCGGACAGUAGCCAACAUCAGAGUAUCCAACCAGCCAAUCAGACCAGCCCAGGAUUCAAAGGUGGCCAUCUCUGAAAACAAACCUGAACCAGCAAGGAUCAGAACCAGCGUUACAUCUGAGCAGCUGCCCUCACAAGACAGAGAGACAACCCUUCAAUCAGUUAAUAAACCAAGCUCUGCCUCCAAUGAGCGUCUGGGGCAACCCUCUCUCUUAAAGGAAGGUUCAUUGUCAAACACUGUUGUCCUAGAAAAGAAAAUAUCUGCCACAUGUACUCCACCUGGCAUCCGUUCAGGCCCUACUGUUCAGGAUAAACCAUUCACAUUAGAGGUCUUGACCCGGGUGCCAUCUCCACAGAGGCUUGAUGCAGAGGUUCCUCUAUGGAAAGCGCUAGAAGGGAGAAGUGGGAAAGAUACACCUGAAAAUAUCUCUGCCAAGGAGGGUACAAAACCUUUGUGCAGAGGCUCACACAGAGAAGAUGCUGUUGAUGUGGUCACCCCUGUCAUGCAGGAGAACCAGUCAAUAGCAACAAAAGACUCAGAAACACAUCACAUUGUCCCACCUCCUGCUGAACCCGCCGCACCACCAGUUAAAGAGGAGCCCAAAGAGCCAGAGGGACCCAGUGUGGAACCAGAAACCUCACCCGAGGUUUUCCCCAAACCAGCCAUCGAGCGCACGGCUCUGGCGCUGGAGCCGCUGCUUCCCUCAAAACCAGAACCAGGACUGCGGCCGGAACAAGUUCUCCAGCCAUUGGGAAAACCACAACAGGAGGGAGCAGAUGAGGAGAAACCAGCCGAGAUCGUGACUGGUGGUCAGGAAACUUUCAUCAACAAUAAGGAGCCAGUGUGCGAGGCAGAAAAGCAGCUGUGGGCGACGGUGGAGGAGACCACAGUGGAGACAGGAGAGGAAAGAGGGAUGGAAAGUAGUGAGAGCACUGAAGAGAAGGAUGAGAAGCAGGAGGAGGGUGGUGUAGGGGGUGCCCAGAAAUGUGCACAGACAGAGGCAGAUGUGUGUGUUGCAGAGCAGCAGAUGGAGGCGCCUGCUGGCUUCAUGUCAGCAGUAGUUGGUGUGUUGUAUAGAGGGCUAAAAGGCCAUGCGACCGACCUCCCUGAUGGUGGAGAGAAUAAACCGGCAUCACAGCUUGGAGACACCUCCAGCACACACACCAGUGAAAAAAGCACUGACACACACAUCACUCCUCCCCACCACUGUGAGAUAACCACAUCUCGACUUCCUACUUUACCAGAAGAAGAAACCACUGACCUUAAGCCCCCUCAUACGGCUCCAAUGGUCAGAGAGGAGGCAGAUGGGAAAGACAAUGCAGCUGAGGGCCUGGUGAAUUCCAGCCAGUCGCUGCUGCAGUGGUGUCAGGACAUCACCAACGGGUACCGGGGGAUAAAGGUCACCAACUUCAGCACGUCGUGGAGAAAUGGCCUUGCUUUCUGUGCUAUCCUACAUCACUUCCAUCCAGACAAAAUAGAUUUUGACAAGUUGGACUCUCAUGACAUCAAGCUCAACAACAAGAAGGCGUUUGACGGUUUUGAGGCGCUGGGCAUCUCUCGCCUGUUGGAGCCGUCCGACAUGGUUCUUCUGUCCGUCCCCGACAGGCUCAUAGUCAUGACCUACCUCAGCCAGAUCCGCUCAUACUUCACUAACCAGGAGCUGAGCGUGCUGCAGAUAGAGCACAACAGCAGUCAGUCCAGCUACGGCCUCACCCUCUCUGGUCCCGGUCCCACUAAUGUCGACGCUGCCGCUUUCUGCAUGGCCAGACUGAACGAAGGAGUGAACCUAGAGGAAGGAGGGAGCAGCACGUUGGUCGUCCCGCCACCGAGGACCAAACGCCUGCUUAAAGUGGACGAGUCAAUAAACCCAGUCCCAGCCCCACGGUUCGUUAACAAAACAGCCAAAUCUGGACUUGCUCAGGAUGAAGACCCAAAGACAGGAAUCACUAAUAAUACAGAGUUGCAGAGUGCAGCUAAGACCCAGCCUCCCAAACAAGAAGAGGAAACAAUGUGUCUGCAGGACACCAGCCAGUAUGUGCUGAGUGAGCUGGCAGCGUUAGAGACAGAGCAGAAGCACAUCGACAGCAGAGCUGCUGUGGUUGAGAGAAGACUGCGGAGCCUCAUGGAAACAGGAAGCGACCGUGAUGAAGAGGAGAGACUGAUUCAGGAGUGGUUCACUCUGGUGAACAAGAAGAACGCUCUGAUACGCAGACAGGACAACCUGGAGCUACUACAAGAGGAGCAGGAUCUGGAGAGGAGGUUUGAGCUUCUGAACAGGGAACUACGGGUCAUGAUGGCUAUAGAAGACUGGCAGAAGUCGUCCACUCAGCAGCAGAGGGAGCAGCUGCUCCUCCAAGAGCUGGUGUCUUUGGUCAACCAGCGGGACGAGAUCAUCAGAGACAUCGAUGCCAAGGAGAGAGGGGCAAUGGAGGAGGAUGAGCGUCUGGAGCGCGGUCUGGAGAUGAGGAGGCAAAAAUAUAGCAACAAAGACAAAUGCGUCCUACAGUGAGAACAGCUUUUACUACUGCGACUCUGAAGUCCCGAAAGAUGAUUAUUUAUUUUAUCUUUUAGGACUUUUGGGGCUCCAUGUUUCUCUGUUUUUUUAGUGCCUUUAUGACAAACUGUGUUUUCUUUGAAAGUGUUUUCUUGAAAAUGAAUAUCUGUUCAUGUCAAAGUUUCAGUCUGUCUUAAGUAUUAUUUUGAUUCUGUUUGCAUAUUUUUAUUUAUUUAAAUAAUGUGUCAGAUUGUUAUUCAUCAUUUGCACGUGUUUUGUGU